AUGGUAGACCCACAAUUACCAUUGGAACUGCCAUUCCAAGAGCUUAUUAUAGAAGCUAGACGAUUACCAGUCUAUACCGGACACAGCAGUGAAUACCCACUGAAUACCUGGAUCGACGAAGUGAACACACUAUUGGCUUUAACACAACCCGGAAACGAGCAAUCUUACAUCUUCAGGCUGAUACUUCACAGAAUUCAAGGAGCCGCUAGAGAUGCAAUUCAAAAAGUUACCGAACAAAAUUGGCAGAACAUCAAAGCAGCUUUAAUCUUCACCUUUGGCGUAAAUGAAAGUUACAGUAGCAUAAUAAAUAAAAUUCAUAGGGUGAGUAAUAGUAAUAGGUCUAUUGACCAUAUUUAUACUACUCUUAACUCUUUGUUAAAUAAACUAAAUACAAAAUUUAUCCAAGACCCACAACAAGCAACCCAUAUUGAAUUUAGUCCUAUCAGAAACGAAAGUCUGGUAAUUAAUAAAUUCAAGUCAUUAAUUCCUGAAUACAAGGCACACUUGUUAGAAAUUAGAAAUUGUACCACAUUAGAUCAAGCUUACAACAUAUUAUCUGAAGUUCGUCAAAAUAUUGAUAAUGAUAAUCAACCACGUAAUAACAAUAAUAACUACCAUCAUAACCCGCACAAUAGUCACAGGAAUAACCAAAAUCAAAGUAAUAAUUAUAAUCGACCCAGUCACAAUUACAAUAAUAAUCACAGACAAACAGAUAACAGACAAAAUUUUAAUCAAAACCCUCGUUACAACAAUUAUAGGUUUAAUAAUAGAAACAACAAUAACAGACCUAACAACUACAAUAAUCAAAAUAACCAUAAUAGUCAAAAUCAAAAUAGACAACAACACCACUACCAUCAGAAUAACAGAACAGAGUCUAUGCAAGUAGACAACUGCAAUCAGUAUCGUAGAAAUAAUUAUAAUCAAAAUCAAGUCCAAGAACCGAUGGAUGUAAAAACGGAGACCAUUCCUGUUCUAUUCGAUACAGGAUCUUCUACAUCAAGUAUAGAUGGAAAAUAUUGCAAAAUCGGCGAAAUAAAAGAAUUAGAAAACCCCAUUCCAGUCUUGGGAUUAGGAGAUACAUAUAACGUAAAUCAAAAAUUAAAAACUAAUAUGCCACUCGAGUUCAAUCUCCCUAAUAGUCAUAAAAUAUUAUGGAACGUUAUGGAUUUCCAAAACAAGAAAUUCAAAGCUAUAAUAGGACAAAACUUACUGGAUCCUCUUAACGCAAAAUUAAAUAUAGGAGAAGGGAAUAUUGAAAUAAAUAACGUUAAGUUGUCUUUCAAUUAUGCGGUACCUGAUGAGAUAAAUCAUCAAACCGAGUUGAAAUCCAAUACUACGACUAGAAACAAGUUGUUCGAAAGUUUGAACAGUGAAGAAUCGAAAACAUUAAGGAAAAUAUUCAAGGAAAACGAGGAUAUAUUCUACAAUGAAGGCGAUAACUUGACUUGUACGACACAAACAAAACACGAGAUCGUAACAAAAACGAAUAAACCCUUGUGUUCUAAAAUAUAUCGAUUUCCCCAAGUACAUGAAGGAGAAGUAAGAACCCAAAUAGAGGAUAUGUUGAAACAAAACAUUAUCCGCCCUUCAAAUUCAUCAUAUAAUGCAAUUACAUUUAUAAAUCUUCUUAGAGAAAGAAAUGCAAUAAUAGGUAAAUCGAAAAAAUUAAUUGCUGACAACGAAUUUAACAUGGUAAACAUAAAGGAAUAUUUAAGGAAAGAAAAUAUAGAAGUACAUUUUACAUCACCAAAAUCACAUACCGGAAACGCUGAUAUGAAUAGAUGUCAUAAUUCCUUGACAGAACAAAUUAGAAUCCUAACAAUUACGGAACCAGAUUUCAAAAUAGAAGAAAAAGUCGGUACAACACAGUAUAAACCUGUAGAAAUUCAACAAGGCCAAAUCAACAAAGAAAAAUUGUACGAAAAACUGAAAAGCAAAAAAUGUAAAUGGAUAAACUAUCAGAAUAGGAAACGAGAAAAACAACCAGAUAUCGAACAGAAGGAAAUCUAUAUUAAAAAUUAUACAAAUGAAAGACACAAAGAACAACCAAAAUUUAGGAAAGAUGAUAUAAUCAAAGAGAUAACUGAUGAACAAAAAUUAACUAUUGAAAAAGCAUUAAAUCAAGGACCGCAGAAUGCAACAUUAAUAACAAAAUUUGGAAUGAAUAUAACUAGAAAAGACAUUAAUACAUUGAGAGAUAACACCUGGAUAAAUGAUCAAAUUAUAAAUUUCUAUCUGAACCUUAUUGCUGAAAGAAGUAAAGAACAAGCAAAUCACCUACCAAAGGUAUACGUAAUGAAUACAUUCUUUGUGCCCCGUCUUCAAGAUAAAGGAUACAAUGCAGUAAGCCGUUGGACACGUAAAGUAAAUAUAUUUUCAUUCGACAUAAUAUUAAUUCUAAUACAUGUAAAUCAAAGUCAUUGGUGUAUAGCGACAGUAGAUCUAGAGAAUAAAUCAAUAAAAUACUACGAUUCAUUAAGAGGAACAAAUGAUGAAGUACUAAGAAUAUUAUCAGAGUAUCUUGAAAGGGAAUCAUUAGAUAAACGUAACCAAAUUUUUGACAUCACACCCUUUGCGAGACGACCAAUCCUAUGGACAACUAUAAUAUUCAUUCUACUAACAUUCAGUCAGAUAACAAGUGCCGAAAUAACAAUUGAAAACGUAAAAUCUGAAUCCGAAAUAAUUUUAAUCAAAAAGGACCCAAUUAGACUAAUAAAAGACUAUCGCAGAAUAUACCAUAAAAUAGAUUUGGAACAAUAUGAAAAAGCUUUAGAAGAAGUCACUAAAGUUAUAGAACCAAACUCUUACACCCUUGAAACUAUAAAAGCCAUAAAAGGAGAAUUAAAACUAUUAAAUCUUAACAAAUCCAAAAAUAAUACUUCCAAACCUAAAAAAUUGAAUAGAACAUUAGGACAAAAAUUUGGAUAUAAAGAUAUCUGUAACUAUAACAUCAGAAAAAGAAGAGGAUUAAUAAAUCCGAUAGGUAGUGUAUACAAAUGGAUAUUUGGACUAAUGGACAACGACGAUUACGAAGAAAUUACGGAACACCUAAAAAUAAUUGAUACUAAUAAUCACGCUAUAAUAGAAUCAAUGAAUAAACAAAUCGAAGUAAAUAAAGCUUUCGAAAAUAAUUUAAAUAAGAUUGUAUCUAGCAUCAACCAAACUAACGAGCAAUAUAAAAAAUUAACCAUCGAUAUAAAUAAUGCCACAAAACAAAUAAACGAAAUACUAACAACAAUUCAACUAGAUCAUAAUCUGGAUCUGAUAAAAGACGAACUUGAGAAAAUACUAGAUAAUGUAAAUUCAGCCAAAGCAGGAAUAAUGACUAGAUCGAUAUUAACCUAUGAUGAAAUUGAUUCCCAAAGGAUAACUUUUGAAGAACUAAAACAAAUAACAAUUAAUGUUUUAACAUACCUAUAUUGUAAAAGACAAAAAACAUCAAUAAAAGUAGAAAUAAAUAAAGACGUAGAACUAUCAGAAAUUAAAGACGUCAAGGAUAACGUCAAUCUUAAGGAGGGAGGAGUUACACAUGACUCACCUAUUCCUCAUAACCUACACACUCCUCACCCCCAUAAAGACACCCACAUAACUCCAUUAUUCCAAGAAUGA